CAGCGCGAUCAAACCAUGUCGCACUACUAUACUUUAAAAGUAAUUCUUCUGGGAUGUAUUUUAUACAGCGUUUCUGGCCAAAUUUUGAAUAAGCUUUUCGAAAGUUCUGAAAGUGAACUCAAUCAUCUUUGCGGGGAGAGCAAUCCAAAUGGCUUGGAGAGCAAUGCGAAAGUAACCGAGGAUCGCUCGAAAGUUGGCCAAUAUCCCUGGACGAUUGCCCUGCUCAACAAGGGGAUAUUCAUUGGAGGUGGUUCUCUGAUCUCUCCAGAUGUAGUCCUAACAGCUGCUCAUUUGGUUGUCAAUAAAAACGUGGCUGAUAUUUCGGUCAGAGCCGGUGAAUGGAACAUGGCGUCCGUUACCGAGGAAUUCGGGCAUGAGGAUCGCCAGGUGGACAAUAUUACGGUACAUGAGGAGUUUUCAUUUCAGUCAGGAAGCAACAACAUAGCCCUUCUAUUCCUUAAGACCCCUUUCAAGUUGAAAAGCAACAUCCGAACCAUAUGUUUGCCCUGCCGUGAAACGUCCUUCGACCAAAAACGCUGUUUCGUGACCGGAUGGGGAAAGUUGGCUUUCGAGGAUAAGAAUUUCUUGAAUAUCCCAAAGAAAAUCGAUUUACCUUUGGUCAGCAAAGAAGCAUGCCAGGAUAUGUUGAGGAAAACAACAUUGGGAGCUCAGUAUGAGCUGCACUCUAGUUUAAUGUGCGCCGGCGGUGAGAAGGGCAAGGAUGCCUGCCUAGGUGACGGAGGAUCUGCCUUAUUUUGCCCAAUGGAAAGCGAUCCACAGCGUUACGAACAGAUCGGCAUCGUUAACUGGGGCAUUGGUUGUGGCGAGGAAAACGUUCCGGCUACGUACACAAAUGUGGAAAUGUUCCGAGAUUGGAUUGAUCGCCAGCUGGCCAGAGACAUGAUAGGUGUUCCGCUGGCUGCGAAAAUACCUUUACAAUUUAAAAGGGAAAACCCAAUUGUAUAACUUUUCGAAGUGCGAUAUGUAAAAAAUAAAUGCAUUAAUUUUUAGUGGGCAUAUAA